UGUUUUUCCUGUUGGGGUCAAACUGCUCACAGAGAGACUUUGUUGUUAAAGCUGAUUGAUCAACACCGAAAUGAUGCUCAACAGACUGUCAUUUUAGGAACUUUUAAGAGACGGUAAAGCAGUUUAGUGUUGGAUUUGAGUGGAAAGAGACAGAAAUAUGCAGCUUUGACAACUCCAGCCCUUCCCGUCUGGAAGCUGAUUGGCUAAGUUGAACGUCGGCUCAGUGUCUGUCAGAGAAACUAUUGAAGACAGAGUGCCUUCCUGACAGUGCAGCUGUAUAUUUACAGGUGCAGCUCCGAUAUGACUAAGAGAAGCACUUCUCUUCAGCUUGUCAAAAGGAUGCUGAACCAUCACUGCAGAAGGAACCCUGAGCUUCAUGAGGAGCUGCAGAUCCAGGCUGCAGUGGCAGCAGGGGAUGUCUGCACUGUCAGGAGAAUGCUGGAGCAAGGAUACUCACCCAAGAUCCGCGAUGCCAACGGCUGGACCCUGCUCCACUUCUCCGCUGCCAAAGGAAAAGAGAGAUGUGUUCGAGUCUUUCUGGAGCACGGAGCCGACCCCACAGUGAAGGACUUUAUCGGUGGCUUCACAGCACUUCACUAUGCUGCUAUGCACGGCAGAGCGCGCAUCGCCCGACUGAUGCUGGAAUCCGAGUUCCGCAGUGACAUUAUAAAUGCAAAAAGCAACGACGGCUGGACGCCGCUGCACGUGGCCGCCCACUACGGCCGAGACUCGUUUGUGCGCCUCCUCCUCGAGUUCAGGGCCGAGGUGGAUCCACUGAGUGACAAAGGGACCACACCGCUACAGCUGGCCAUCAUCCGUGAGCGCUCCAGUUGUGUACGGAUCCUCCUGGACCACAGCGCCAACAUUGACAUUCAGAAUGGCUUCCUACUUCGAUAUGCUGUCAUCAAAGGCAACCACUCAUACUGCCGCAUGUUCCUGCAGAGAGGAGCGGACACUAAUCUUGGACGUCUUGAAGACGGCCAGACUCCUCUUCACCUGUCGGCCCUCAGGGACGACGUGCUGUGCGCUCAAAUGCUCUACACGUACGGGGCCGAUACCAACACCAGAAACUACGAGGGCCAGACACCGGUAGCUGUAUCUGUUAGCAUGUCUGGGAUCAGCCGGCCCUGUCUGGACUUCCUGCAGGAGGUCACCAGACAACCUCGGACUCUACAAGACUUGUGUCGAAUAAAAAUCCGUCACUGCAUUGGCCUUCAAAGCUUGAAAUUCUUGGAGGAUCUACCAAUCGCAAAGGUUAUGAAAGACUAUUUAAAACACAAGUUCGACAAUGUGUGAACGCAACAACAGCAGAAGAGGAGAGGGUGACUUAAAAACUCUCGGCUAUCAUUUAUAAAGACUAUGCAAUCACUAUGCUCCUUGUCUGGAAGAAAUGUCCACAGGUCUGAUCUGAAGGAUGGUUAGUCCAGUUUGUUCGUCCAGUUCAACACAUUAAAAAGUAGAGGUCUCUGCUCCUGUUCAGCCUUUUUUUACAGCUAGAACAGUUGCUGAAGGAUGGCAACGGCGCGCCUCAUGUGAGGAACGGUUAUGGUUUUUGUGGGCAAAAGAAAACCUCAUUUGACUGCAGAUAGCAUUUUUAGUACAGUUAGCAUUAUUAACAAUAGUCAAAAUGUGUACAAUGUUAUCCUUGCUGGGUCAGAUUGUCAUCAAGUGCAUACUUGCCAAUGAGUUUAUUUUAAUGCCCUCCCAUUUUUUUUUUAUUUUUUAACCAAGCUAUAUGAAGCUGAACUCAAACUGCUGCAGUGAUGAAGACUUUCUUUCUGACUCAUAAUCUUCAAAGUGCUGAGCUUCUUUGAGCUAGCUUUAAAAACCUCUGCAUGGUAAACUCCCUGAUUUUGUUUUAUCACCCAAGCAAGCGUAAAUCCCAAAAUAGCCCCGGGGUCAAAACUCUAAAUCACCACCCUCAUCUCCAGUUUGUUCAAUGAUUUAUUAAGUAAAUAGCACUCAUUUUGUGCCCAUGGACAGCCACUCCUGACAGUUGGAGAGACAGUCGACCCAUCAGAGCUUUGCAGCUGAAAUAAGCAAUGUGGAUCUCCAUCAACUUGUUAUGUUAAAAGAGAAAAGCAGUGUUAGUUUAUGUAACUCUGCUAUGAACAGAAAGAAGAGAGAACAUGAAGCUGCAGAUGACUGGAAGAUGUGGGCAGUAAGGUAAUCUGUCACAACACUGAGACAGUCUCAGUCAGGACUACAGUAGCCACAACAUGUAAAAUAAAGCUCAAAUAAGAUUAAAACAAGCUCACUACAGUUUAUAAAAAAUAACCAAACAAAAUCUUUGACCUGACAGAAGUCCAUCGUUGAUUAUCAGGCUAUGAAACUUCGUCCCAGCUCACUUCUGAUGCAUUAGAACUCAACUGACAGUAACUGAAGUUGAUGGUUUACUGCUGCUACAGGGUGCUGUAACAAAAUCAGGGUGUGUCUUUAAAAGACGUUUAUAUCUGAUAUGCAAGAAUAACUUGCAUCAAUACAUUUUUAUUUCAUAAUGACAGGCAAGAAUUUAACAUGCAGUUAAAAUGAUUUUGGACUUUGAUUUGGGAAACGUUUUCAACCAACUUGGUAUCAUUACGUUACAUUACAUGACAUUCAUUAAGUUUUGCAAAUGAACAAUAUUUGUCUCCCUCCAUCAGGGUUCCCAAGCAUCCUGGACAACCUCGGCAUUUUGAGACUAGUUUUUCAGUCAUCGAAACACUUGAAAUUUGAUUAGAGUGGCCACAUAUCCUGUAAAUAAUCUAUGUAAAAUGUUUAUUGUAUUUUAGCUGCUAACUCUGGUCGUCUCUGUAAACCUGGAUGCAUAUUUUGUUUGAAAUUUGACUGUUGGUAGGAUAGGCUGCGCAGUAUAACACUUUAAAGCGUAAGAGAAAAGUAGAACCGAGUAGAAUGCCCUUUUUGGCAUCAAGUCUAUUCCACGCGUGGUUUUCUGAAAGAAACCCAGUGGAAAUGCUGUAGAUGGUCAUAUCUACACGCAUGCAGCCUUAUAAUGAUCACAUUUAAACUGGGUUUAGUGGUUGAUAAAUACAUGCGCAGCAAUGUUAACUGAAUCUUUUUUUAUAGAGACCUCAGCAGAAAGAUCGUAUGUGGUGAGAACAGCCACAAAAGCAAUCUGACCAACUAUCUGUAAUGAACCUGAGACACUUCAUCAUGAGCCCUGCAUCAUUAAACAAGAAGAAAUAAAAGUAGGGUUUACUAGGCCUACCAGCAAAUUUUAUUAUAUUAUUAUAUUUGUGAGGGAUCCUUUUAUUGUCAAGAUAUAGUCCAGGAGAAUAAUUUCUUAAAACGAGUAGGAACCCUGUCCAUGUUGCAUGCACCUAGGGCUCCUCAGGACUUUUGCCUCACUUAAUCCGACUGUCCGUGGAGGCGAGCAUGCACAGAAUGCAGAAAUACAAUCUGCAGUUGGAACAGCUCUAGAGCCACUGACAGUCGGAGGACUUUUGUCAGCAACUGAGCGGGGAGCUCUGGGUGCAGACAACAUGGAGGAAGUGAAACACUGUUCAUUUGCAUAUACUAGCAACAUUUUAAUGAUACUAAGCUGGUUGAAAACUGACAAAUCUUCCUUUGUGAAGCUGCAGUAGGUAACUUGUAUAUAAAAAUAACUUUUUGUCAUAUUUACUGAAACAUGAGACGGAUAAAAUGUGCAAGAAUCAUCCGGGCCUGAACAAAAACAACCAAUAACAACCAGGAAAGAUUGUCAAAUACCGCUGGGAAUGAGAUUCAACAAUCACCUAUCUUCAAUCUUCCAACCCAAAGCGUCUUUAUAUCUUUCUUGGCUCAAAUACCAUUAGGGGCACUAGGAGGGGCCAGAGGAACCUGAUUGUUUCACAGAUUAUCUGUCUCAUGUUGUCGCAUGAAAGUUUCAGCAAAUAUGACAAAAAGUUAUUUUAAUGAAAGUUACCUACUGCAGCUUUAAGUGUAAUGCUUGGAUAAUUUGAUACUAUCAGUUGAACAGUGAAAUUGUUCUGCAUCAAUCAACUUACGUUAUCCAUUUCUACACUAUAUGUAGUACAUUUGAGUUGAGUGAGUGCACUGUGAUAGAAUUCUGUUCUGAAAGCACCAAAUUUACUCACUGAAGCGGUUUGGUUUGGAUAACACUGACACUCAAUCACUAGAAGCUACAGUCAAUGUAAAUAUGUUACAUGUACAACAGAUAUUUUUGUAGAAUUUAUUUAAGCAAUGAUCUCUGGUAUUCUUAAUGUAUUUAAAGUUUGGAAAGUAUUGUGAUAUGUUUGGUGUGACUCAAGUAUUUCUUUUUUUUGUGUGUCUGAGUUCAAAUACUCUGUUCUAUAAGAAUAAUUUGGAAUCAAGAUCAAGUGUUCUUUGAUUUUUAUGGCAGAAAUGUUGGGUGCUUUCUUAAAGUUCAUCAUCUCUUGCAGGUAACUCUGUUGUGGAGAUUAAACUGUGAAUUUUUCAUUUUGACAAUUUAGAAUAAAAUGUAGGAUUUGGGGUUUAAAUAAUGCCCGUGCCACAGCAAAUAAUUUUUUUCUUGGUCUCUGCAUGUGUUUAAAAUGCGUAGUGGAAUUUUGUGGCACCUAAAACUUGGUUUCCUAAAACGAAUCCUAUUCUAACAAUGUUCACCUGCAUCAACAUGUCAGUGUCAUUCUCAUAUUUAAAUUUGCAUGUUUGUUUGUAGCCUUGUAUCAGGAAAUUUUGUGAAAAAUGCACAUUUUGAAACUGCGUGCUCUAUGCAGGUCGACAGAAAUUGGAUAAAAAAUAUUAAAAAAGUUUAAGACAAGACUACAAGUGUGUUAACACAGGAAAAGAGAGUGAGUGUGGAGGUCAGGGGAGUUGCAUUAAAUAUAUAUAUUUUUUAUGAAUAACUAAAAGACAACAAUCAUAAAUGACACUCCUGUCUCCCAUUUCAGGGGCUGCUUCCAUCAAAGUCUGCCUUUCAGACUGAAUAACAGUAACAGCCUGACAGGACCCGUCCUAUUUUAAAGGCUCCUCCAAAUGCAGCCUACUCUUCCCUGAAUGUAAAGGGCACAGUCAGUUCCUAAAGGCCCCUUUACUCUAUGGCCUGGAAAUGUUUCCAACAGCAGUUGCCUGUUUUGAGGAAAAUGUUGUGAAAUCUUUGGUCGUUAAAGUUGUCCUGUGGAGUUUGUGUGUAAACAAACAAAAGGUAUUUUUACAUUCAGUGUUACUCACCAAAAUGCAGUGUGUAUCCUCGAGCUCUAACAAAUGUGUUUAGUAGAGCUGCAACAAUAAGUCAAUUAAUCGAUUAGCUGCCAACCAUUAAAUUAAUCGCCAGCUAUUUUGAUAAUCAAUCAAUCGUUUUGAGACAUUUUUUAAGAAGAAAUGUCCAGAUUAUUUUGUUUCACCUUCCCAAAUGCUUUCUGGUUUCUUUAGUCCUGGACAAAACAAAAUUGACAUUUAAGGAUGUCAACUCUGGCUUUAGGUAACACUGAACAACGUUUCAACAUUUUCUGGACCAAACAACUAGGGAUUUAUCGAGAAAAUGAUCAACAGAUUAAUCCAUAAUGAAAAUAAUCGUUAGUUGUAGCCCUAAAAUGUUGUGCAUUAUUUCCUCUGAACAUUUGCAAAGCCAUUUUUUUUUAAGUUUGAACCCUCCAUUGUCUAGGUCCAUGUUUACCAGCCAGCACUUUUCUUUGCCUUUGGUGGCACGUUUUGCGUUUCAUUAGCAUUACUGCCACUCCUCUGCCCUUGCAUGUUCAUCCUUGUGCCUGCGCACUAAACAAUAUAAUGGGACUCACUCAUAAAAGCGACUGCUCCAUAGCACUACUAGAGGUAAAAAAAACUCCACAGGAUACCUUUAAUCCAAAACACAGGACGUAAAUUUCACUCUGAGGUAGGUUUAUCAACAAGUGAUUAAGGACCGAGGACCAAAUUCACAAGGUGACUGCUGCCCAUCAGAAUACAGCAUGAAAUAACACAGAAUACACAGUCUAACACAACUUUCUAAGCCUGAAAGUUUUUAUUACGUUUUGUCAGCGCUAUGACUAAAGGCCUGAAUAUACUCCCAAAGGGAUGCACACAUGAACAGGUGCAUACUGGUUUUGUUUAUUACUGCUUUCUGGAGUCCGUUUGGAAGACACUUCCACACAUGCGAAGACUUGUUCUUGUAGUGUAGUGGUUGUGCGGACACUCUGUGCAGUCACAACAAAUCGAAGGUACACAGGUGUCCGCAUAAAGCCUGCACACUCUGAUGAUGAACUUUAUGUCACAUGGGCCAUUGUGUAGUCAGAAAGUAUCAUUUCAAUUGACAGAAUUGAAAAAUUGCACCAAGAUUUUAUUAAAUGAUAAAUGGACUGCAUUUAUGUAGCGCUUUUCCCGUCUACCGACCACUCAAGGUGCUUUACAACACAUGCUUACAUUCACACACUGAUGGCCAGCAGCCUUGCAAGGUGCCAACUGCUCAUUAGGAUAGGUUAGAGGGUCAGUGUCUUGCUCAAGGACACUUUGACACACUCUUUCUGUUUUUCCAUCAGAUAAGCUCUGGUUAUUGAAACGGUUCAAUGCUCAACAGUACAAUGCACAACAGCUUGUAGAAUAUGACACGCCCAUUUUGGUUCCCAAGGAAAACCUGCUAUUUUUUGGGUCCAGCUUGGAACCAAUUUAUUUUUGGUCAAAAUGCUCCAAACAUUUCAAAACUAGGCGUGCAAACUGGCCUAUUUUGUUGUGUUUCCCCACCAAAUUAUCUCUGGUUCAUGAACUGGUUCCGUCCAAGAUGUUUGGAACCUUGGUGCUAUCUAGCGAACCAGCCCGUGUUUUGAGCAGAACCAUUGUAAUCAAGGAUGCAUCAUCAACAGAGGGUGUUGCACAAUCAACUUUGGUUCCCAAGGUAAAGCUGCUAGUUUGGUUCAGCUUGGAACCAACUUUUCACGUUCUGAACCAAUUUAUAUUUGGUCAAAGUGCUCUGAGUGGUGUAAAACAAGGAUCAGAGUUGGUUUCCUGGUGCAAAAGGCCUAUCUGAGGAGCCCAUCAAACCAGGAACCUUUAGAUUACUAGACGACCACUCUGCCUUCUGGGCCAUGCCACCCCAAUCUCACAAAAUGUGACAUACAGGGAAGGUGUAGAUCAUUGUAAUGUGUAGAUGUCAGCCAUUUGAGACCUCCUUUGAUUUUGAGAAGGAUCACAUGAAUUAGUUUGUCUUUGUGAGGCUAGAGUGUCUUUUUGGGUGCACAGGUUCAGUCCAGUAGCCCUCAGUCCUCUGAAUUACAGACUUUUGUAGGCUGUGUCCUCUAGAAGAGGCAGCCACUGGAAUGGAACUAUAACAAAACCAGGAGUGUUUGUUGAGCUAGGCAGUUUUUGUAAUGUUGCAUAUGGCCUGGGUUUUUGAUGUCUGUUCAGAAGUAGUUUUACUGAUGUCUUCAAUCCAGUUGAUUUGACUGUUUCUGCUCAUUCUUUUGAUGAUACAUUCUGGAUGCAGCUCCCUCCCUUUUGGCUCACUGAUCAUUUUUAUAAUGCAGUAUUUCGAGAUCUGAGUGAAAAUAAACACUGAAGGUUACACAGUGUUCCUCGUGCCAGAAUAUUCUCCAGCACGUCAGUUCUGUUUCAUGUUCCAUUCAGUCCAUUUUUCUCUACCUGAUUCUGGAUUUGAUACAAAUGCCAUUUUGCAGCAGCAGUUUUUGUAUUGUGUGUGAAUAAGUCUGUCAUACAUUGACUGCCUUUUCCAAUCAGUUCCUCAGCAGACUUUGGUUGUCACAGUCAGGGAAACACUUCAUACAUGUCUUAUGUGGCUAUCAAAUGGCUGUAAGUCUUCCACACCAUUAACUACUGAAUGUACAGAAUAUGCAGAUUUUCAAAUGUAAAAAAAAACAAAAUGUGUGAAUAAACUAAAGUUAACGUUU